UACGCCUCUCACAACCUCUCUGAGACCGCCAUGGAACGCGUCAAGCAAUUUGCAGCUCAGCUUGGGGUGGGCUCUGGUGUGACGGCACUCGAGCGCAAGAGCGCCGACGAUAUCUGCAUCACGAUGGCCAUUCGGUCACCAUUAUGCAAGGCCAGGAAGGGGGGCUUCAAGGACGCGCGGACAGACGAGCUUAUGCUUGAGAUCUUCAAGGCAUCCAUUGCUCAAUCUGGCAUCGACCCUGCUCUCAUAGGCGACAUCUCUGUCGGCACUGUCCUCACUCAAGAUGCUCUGUACCAGGCGCGUUCCGCCGCACUGGCUGCAGGCAUUCCCAACACUGUCCCCAUCUCGCACGUCAACCGCUUCUGCUCCAGCGGUCUCAUGUCAGUCACGGCCAUUGCGAACCAAAUUCGUGCAGGCCAGAUUGACAUAGGGCUUGCUGUGGGCGUUGAGUCCAUGACCGACAACCCCGACAAGGGCGGUCCGCCGCAGAGCGAGCUCAUUUCGCAGAACACAGAGGCCGCGGACUGCCCGAAGCCCAUGGGCUGGACGAGCGAGAACGUCGCCGCGGAGUUCAACAUAACUCGAGAUGAGCAAGAUGAGUUCGCCGCGCUGUCCUUUCAGCGUGCGGAGCAUGCCCAGAAGGCUGGGUACUUUGCCAAGGAGAUCGUGCCCUUCACGGUGUUCAGCAAGGACUCGGCGACAGGGGCACGCGUGCAGAAGGUCGUCUCGCAGGAUGACGGGAUUCGGUAUGGCACAACGAAGGAGAACCUUGCCAAGAUCAGGUCUGCGUUCCCUCAGUGGGGGAACGGCGCUACGACGGGUGGCAAUGCAAGCCAAAUUACUGAUGGCGCCGCCGCUGUGCUCCUCAUGACAAGGCGCAAGGCCGAGGAGUUGGGGCUGAAGAUCAUCGCGAAGCACAUUUCGACCAGCGUGGCCGGCGUUCCCCCGCGCAUCAUGGGCAUUGGCCCCGUGUUUGCCAUUCCGAUGGUUCUCGAGAAGGCGGGCAUCACCCUGAACGAUGUCGACUUGUUCGAGGUGAACGAGGCGUUCGCUUCGCAGUGCGUAUACGUUCAGAAGAAGUUGGGUAUCCCGCUUGACAAACUGAACGUCAAUGGGGGCGCUAUCGCCCUCGGGCAUCCGCUCGGCUGCACAGGCGCGCGGCAAAUCGCGACCGGGCUGAACGAGCUUGACCGCAGGGGACAGCGGGUGUUGGUGACAUCGAUGUGCAUUGGGACGGGGAUGGGUGCGGCGGCGGUCUUUGUGAGGGAGGCGUAGCCAGUCUAGCUGUACGGGGGACAAUAGCUGAAGUGAAUGAGACUCAUCGUUGCUCGUU